AUGGACCGUCCCUGCUUUCCCGUUGCGCGUUUUUGUCGUUGGCAACGGCUUCUUGUGCUGUUCUUGGUUGUCCUUGUGGCCCAAGUUGGAGACCUACCGCAGGAUAUGUCAGGGAGCGGCCACAAAACAGUACAGCAGGUGCCUGCCAAGGACGCGGAGGAUGAUGACGUCCUGGUGCGAUCCAGCACAUGGUCUGGUGAGACGAAGACGAAGGCUCAGGUUACAGUCGAGACUGGGGGGCUGCUUUACAGUGAUUCGAAAUGUUACGGCGGGCGCUUCACUUAUGGGCAAUGGCGGCGAUACUUCGCGCAGGAGCGCCAGAACGGUACGCAGCAGGAUGCGAGUGGCCAAUCCAUCCAAGCAGGGAGAACCCGGAAUUUCUCCUGGAAUGCUUUCGUGCAGUUCUUUCGACCGGAGCUGUGGCUUCUCGUGCUUUUGCACGCGGAUGCCGCAGCCAUGCGUGCCAUCGCCAGCUCCUGUCGUGGCUACACACAGAUCACCCUUCCAUGGAGGCGCCGGGGGAAAUUGGGCACCUCCUCUUCUGAGGCAGAGUUGGGCAAGUUGGAGCAUGCAAAGCUCGAGAUGCCGGUGGUGCAGCUGGCCGCGAGACUGCGCUGUGGCUUCCCACUGGCGGAGGAGUUGCUCAGUUUAAAGCCGAUUCAGCUGCCAAGCAGAUGCUGCUCAUGGUUGGAUCUGCUCUACCAGCAGGAGAUGAAAGGAGCCUGGCUCUGUCUGGUGCAUGCGCCAGAUGGGGUUGAGACAGAGGUGGCAGAGGAUUUCUGUAAGGCUGUGGCUAGUGCAGAACAAUGGAGCGAGAAGGUUGGUCAGCAGCCUGUCCUUAUCGCGCUGCUUCCUUCUGCGCAGCAGCAUGUGACGGCCGAGCAGAGGGUAUGCAUCAGAAAGGCAACGAAGAUCAUCGGCUUGCCGCUGCCUUUCCUAACUGGUGCAGGGGAGAUUCAGCUGCGUUCGCGCUGGCAAGCUCCCGAACCUUCCCGCCAUUGGAGGGCAUACCUCCCAACGCUUAGCUUGCAACAGCUGGAGGUGAUGCUCGACGUUGAUGGCUGUGUAGAGAUACAGAACUGCAUCUUGGGGGGCGUUGGAGCCAGCGCGGCCAGCCCCUCUGGAAUUGGUGAUUCCGUUCUGCGAGUUGCGAAAGGGACCUGCCUCGUGGCUGAUUGUCAGAUACGUCUGAAAAAGGGCCACUCAGGGUUUGGAGUUGUUGUUGGGCCUGAUGUUGCCUCCUUCAUGGCUGGCGUCACGAAACCUCACUGCAUGCUGAAGCGGGUAGACAUCGCUCAUGUGAAUACCGCAUGUCUAUGCUUUCUGGGUGGCCACCUCACGUUGGAAGAUGGCUGCACGCUGCGCGACUGCGAAGUUGGCGUCAGCGUCUGUGAUCAGGGCUCCAUCGCGUUCGUUGCUGGAACAUUGCGGAUGUCAUGCAGAGAGGGCGGCCGCAAGUUCGAGCAGGCAGUGAACGAUGAUGUAGGCAAUGGUAAUCACUUGAGAAUAGACAAAAUACAUUGCAGCAGGAGGCAGGAUGGGGGGGGGGGUUGUGAAAGGACUUGA